AUGAACAGUCCCAGCUCAGUCGAAGACCUAAUCAGUGCUGCACGUCGAAAAAAAGGAAAAAGUUUAGAACAACGAAGAGCCAAUUACACAUAUCGUAAACUACUGUCACAUGAUAUUACCCCGUAUCAAGCAACAACAAAAAAUGAUUCAUCGAACAAGAAAGAUGAAAAUGAGCUCAUGGCUCAUGAGAACGUGUCGGCCUUCACCACAGCAAUAAUGGACAAGAAUGAUGAUCCACAUUUACAAGACAUGUUAGUUCAAAACGAAAACCUUUCGUCCGAUGAGCGACCUCAACUUGUUUCAGAAUUAAACGAACUUGAUUUAGACUACGUGGACACAUUUGAUGCUACGAAAAGUGAAGCGUUUGAUGCUGUUAGUGCAAAAUUUCAGAUUGCUCCUACUCAUUGGAAUACAUUUUUUACAGAUUGUUUGCAUCGUACACUCACACAAUUGAUUUGUGAUGUUAGAAAAAAGUAUAAUCGAGAAUUAUAUCAACGACAGAUACAAACAACAGGUGAUCAAGUGACAACAGCUACUGUUUAA